AAAAGGAAGGAUAAAUUACCCUUCGUUGGGUGCGAAAAAAUAGAAUACAAACGAGUAAUUGUGCACAUGUUCCUUCGUAAUGCACGUCUGAUAUACAAUUCGGGAACCCCUGCUAGGUGUGACGGUGGCUCUAACAACUACGAAACUGGUGGCUCUCCACGCCGCCGCCAUGACCGGUGCAGCACCUCCCCACCUGUGGUAGAAAGUAAUACCCUGGAUGGAAAAAGUGGCACAAGUAGCGGGCUGGCUCUUGUAGAAGAACGCCUAAUGAUAAUCAAGCGAAGUCGUGCUAGCUCGCGGAGCUCUGCUAAUUCUUCAGCGUCACCUGCGGUGCGGGCAGAGGUGCCGCCGUGUGAAGCCUACCCUACUUUUAACCUUUCCAAGCCCUCACGGCAGGAUCAGCAAACCCUCGAGGCGUUGGCAGCAGAAUGUAUGAAUGCACUUUUCUUUCCCAAAAGCUAA